AUGAUUGCGAUGUCACAACGAGCGAAAGGAUUGAUUUACGACGAUGAGAUGUUCGAGUAUAGGAAAGACAAAGUUCUAAAGAGCGGAAAAAUAUCUUACAGGUGCACAAAAGCAGGCUGCAAAGGCCGGGUGCACUACAAUGGAUCAAUUGUCGCAACGAUUUCUUCGCACACUGCGCAAAUUUGUGGUUUGCCACCUAAUUGCGGUCAAGAGUUACGAGAUCUCAAGUUUGAUCAAUUGGCUCGCCGACAAGUGAAGAUCCCUGGCUCGAAGGAUUGGCCUGCACCGAUAAACGCUUCGGAACUCCGUGUGCCGUUUCUGCGCUAUGACAAUUGCGCUCGUUUUUUGAUCGACAAUAAAAAAGGACUCAAGGUGUUUAUGUCUGACUGGGGACACGACAAGCUGGCAAAAAAUGAUUGUUGGUCAAUGGAUGGAACAUUUUAUGCAAGCCCUUUCGGUUUCAAACAAAUUUUUGUGAUUGGAGUUGAAAUUGCACACUUGUUGUUCCAUGUGCAUACGCAUUCCUUCAAGAAGGUGUUCCAGCACCAACCAAAAUUAAAACGGACAUGGAGAUUGCAAUCGCUAAUGGCUUCUAUGGUCUUGCAAUAUGAAGCUUAUAUCAAUUUACCAAGCUUUGCCAACGAGUUACGUGGCGUAUUCGAAUACUUUGAAAACAGCUAUAUCGGAAAAGUGGUUAUGAAUCGUUAUGUUUUACCGCUUCACCCCAUUGAAAACUGGAACUCAUUUGGCGCUGUUAUGAGGGAUGAACAAAUUGGAUCAUCAUCACAAGAAGGUUAUAACGCCAAACUGAAGGAAAUCACAUCGAAAUGUUCUGCACAAUUUGUGGCAAUGAAACUGUUGGAGGUUCAAGAAACGUACGAGAAGAUAUAUGGAUCUCGAUGGGAACUCGUUUUAUGGAUUCGAGAAUUUUCGAGCUCGUCG